AUGAAAGCCAGAUUUCAAGAGGAGGCCUAUUGUCACCCAAGGUCAUUAAAAUGGUCUGGUAAUGACAUGUCAAUGGCUUGGGGGCAGUUCCAAGGGAAGAAAUUUCAUUGGAUGGGAGUUACCCAAGUUACCAAGAAAUUUCAGAAAACCAGUUUCAAGCAGCAUGAGCACAGGCAGACCCAAUGUAAUGGUUUCUGGCUUCAAUUAUUAACUCAGCUGCCCACCAUUGAGCUGCAAGAGCAUUGGUACUCAAAUUGCAGCCUCAAGUGCCUGAAGCUCACCAUAUGGAUACAGGAUAUUUUUUCAUUGAUGAACCCAUCUUACAAAGAGUUCCAUGUUUGCAGUGAGAAGUCCCCAUUCCUGGUUGACAAAACACCUUGGUCCCCAUUUCACAUGUUGGGUGACUUCAAGUUUGCAGAAAUCACACUCACUUCACUACUCAACCAGCAACAAGUCAAUGCCCUGCUGGAUCUCUUUGCUCAUGUCACACAGGGAGCCAUCCAAGUCAUGCUCAAGAAUGAUGCCAAACUUCACAAAGCAUGUGAUGCAGCUGUGAUGGAACUCACUCUGUUCUCCAGGGUCGAAGUUAAGGUACCAUACAAAAAGGAAGAAUGUAUGUUUGAAGCACAUAUUCACCCACUGUGGGAGUGGGCACUUGAUAUCUUAGAAAAUCCAUUCCUCAGCCCACACUUCACCUGGGAUGCACAGCAACUUUACAGGCACAAUGGCAUUGAGUAUGAACAUUUUUACAAUGAGCCCUGGACUGGAGAUUAUUGGUGGGAUAUUCAAUUGAGUCUACCAGAUAUCAAGAAUGCCAUGCCAUUUGGCCUGAUCCUUUAUGCUGACAAAUCCAACCUAUUGUCUUUCAGCACUGCCAAGAGUUACCCUGUCAUUGUGUGCUGUGCAAACUUGCCAGUUGAGAUUCAGAAUAGCAAUGUCAUUGGAAGAGGUACUGUUGUUGGCUUGCUGCCUAUUGUCCCCAAAGAUGCCAAAGAAGAGGGAAAGCUAGGCUACACAACCCUCAAGUGUGUCAUUUGGCAUGAAUCUUUUAAAAAGUUACUUCUGGAGAUUGAGCAGUACUCAAAGACUGGGGCAUCGAUGCAUUAUGUGUUUGUGCUACAAAUCGAGCUGAAGAAUGUGUUCUGGCUGAUUGGGUUUUCUGAUCUCCACCUCACCUGCAGCUUUGAUCAACUGCAUUAUGGGCAUGGGUUUUGGGGCAAGCACAUCUUUUGGGACCUAAAGGUGAUUGUAAAGGUGCUUGGGCAACAGAUUGAAGCUGAUGUUGAGAAGUACCUUGUCAGCUUAGAUGUCCAGACCCAAUGUAUGGUUAACAUGAUCAACAACAAAAUAUUGACAUUUGAUCAGACACUGAAGGACUACACCAAAUGCAUCAUGAAGUCCAACAUUGAUGGUCUGCAAACUGACUGGAAUUUCCCAAAGGUCCACCUCUGGAAGCACAUUGUUCGAGAUAUCUGCCUAAAGGGUGCCACAUGCAGCUAUAGCACUCAGCCCAACAGAAGUAUGCAUAAGCCAAUCCAAGAUGCAUAUGAACACUGUUCAAAUGGUAGAGACAUUCCUGCUCAGGUCUUGUGGGUAGAUCAUCAGGUUCUUGCUAUGAAGCUUCUCAGAUUGUGUGUUGAUCACCUCAAGAAAUCCAUCUCUGGGGAAUCAGAUCCAGAAGUUGAUGUGCUUGGUGCACAUGUCAUUGCAACCCAAACCCUGAAAGACUUGGAGGAAAAUGGUCAGCCAGAUAUGGCAUUCCAUCAGUUCCAUCAAAGGUUCUGCAAGUUCCUUAAUGAUGCCCUUCUGGCAUAUGGAUAUCAAGUCAAGUCAUGGAUCUCCCUCCCUGCUGACUUCAUGGUUAAAGAAUACUGUUAUCUGCUGGUCAACUACAAGUCAACUGUCACUUGGAACCAGUGCACAGAUCAUCUCUGCUGCAACCUGUCAUUUUUUGACAUAGGAAACAUGGAAUUUAUCUUGGCACAACCCUUCGCAACAAGGAUUGAACUGGCCUGCACUAUUGAUUGUGAUCUCAGACUCAAACAUGUCAAGACAGUUCUGCAGGCUGUGUCCAUCUUCAUACCAUUGUGCUCAAUCAUCUGA